AGUAUUUGAAUGGCACUGGAGUUUUGAGUUUGUUGUAAAUGCGUGUGUGUGUGUGCGGAAAAAAAACAAAAAGCAUUGGAAUCAUCUUUUGACUUUAGAUCUAUGUGUACAACAUUUGUGACGAUGAGACGUAUAGUUUACAUUAAGUUAAGGAAUUCAGUGCAUCAAAAGUUUUUUGAAAGAAUAGGCAUUUUGAAGAUUGGCGUGCUGUUUUAACAAGAUGGACGAGGCAGCCGUUUGUUUGGCCGACGUGAAUUUUAGAGAUCCUCUGACUGUCUGUACCAGAAUCUGCUUAGUAGGAGAUGUGAGAAAGGAUUCCAAGACAACUGUUGCAGCAGAGAAAUUUGGCAUCCCUGUUGUGGAAUCAGAUAGUGGUAGUGAGUUCCUAAAUGAUGGAACGUGUGACACAGUUUUCAUUACAAAUGAUUUCUCUGGGUCUGCGUUUGAAGCUAUUCAUCGAUCCGAACAGAGGAUUAUGGGACCUACUGCACUACAAGAGUGUGCUGAGAAAGGUGAUACAUUACCGCACAAUACAAGACCUCUCUAUUGUCACGCAAUGGCCGGCCUAGUCGUAUGUUUUACAGGCUUCAGAAAAAAGGAUGAACUGAACAGAAUGAUAACAUUAAUUCACAAUAUGGGAGGAAGCAUAAGAAAAGAUAUGGUUGCUAAAGUGACACACCUAAUAGCUAAUAAUUGUGGAGGAGAGAAGUAUCGUUAUGCUGUAACUUUCAGGGUCCCAAUCAUGUCUGAUACGUGGGUCUACAAAUGCUGGGAACAGAGGGAUAAAGUAGGAUUUUCUGCAGUAUCCGAUGAAAUGAUGUGCCAUAAGAUGAAACCAUUUGUGGGCGCUCGUGUUUGUUUUUAUGGGUUUCCAGAUGAAGAAAGACAGCACAUGACAGAGAUAUUACUACAAAAUGGUGGUGAAGUAACCGAUGUGGAAGAUGGAACAAGCACUCAUGUUGUUGUGGAUGAAUCAAAUGUACAAAGCGUUCCUGACCUGACCAUUAAUGCUCCAAUUGUCAAAGCAGAAUGGUUUUGGAAGUCUGUACAAAAUGAAGCACAAGCAGAUGAGAAGGAACAUCUGUUUGAAGACUACUUAGAAACAGCUCAGAGUCCAGCAGGCUGGCGUACCUCGCAGGGUACUCCAUCUUCUACAGCUUCUGUUCGUGCAAGGAAGCGGAAACGCUUAAGAGAUGUGGCAUCACGCCUACUGCAACAAAAUGAAUCUCCAGCCAUUCACAAAAGGAGAUCAUCAGUCAGUGAUGCGGGUCUACUCAGUAUGAGUGGAUCAUUCCUUGACUCAUGUUCUGCAACACCUGACAAACAAGAUGAAGUUGAAGCUGUGCUUAGUGAGACACCAAGAAAAAAUUUAAGCCCUCGUCAACAAGUAUUCUUCGAGCUUCUGCAGACAGAGUCAAAUUAUGUGGGAAUCCUUGACACUAUCAUGACGCUGUUCAAGAGCCCAUUGGAGGAUGUAUCGGAACAGGGUGGUGCGCUGUUGAAUAACACUGAAUUAAAAAUAAUUUUUGGAAACCUUCCUCCUAUCUAUGAAGUUCACAAACAAAUGUUGGAAGAACUACGCUCAGCUGCAGCCAGUUGGAAAGAGGAAAUCAGCAUUGGAAAAAUAUUUCUGAAAUACGUACCAGAUCUAGUCAAAGCAUAUCCGCCAUUCGUAAACUUCUUCGAGAACACCAAAGAAAUGCUGGUAAUGUGUGAUCAAACAAAACCACGUUUCCAUGCAUUUCUGAAGAUAUGUCAAACAAAGCCAGAAUGUGGCCGCCAAAGUCUUCAGGAAUUGUUAAUACGACCAGUACAGAGGCUCCCGAGCAUCAGUCUGCUUCUGAAUGAUAUUUUGAAGCACACUUCAAAAAGCAAUCCAGAUCAUGCUGCUCUUGAAAAAGCAAUUGCAAGUAUUAGAGAGGUAAUGACGCACAUCAAUGAAGAUAAACGCAAGACUGAGGGUCAGCUCGUUAUGUUUGAUAUUUUUAAUGACAUUGACAAUUGUCCACCCCAUUUGGUUUCAUCACAUCGAAGUUUUAUUGUUCGCUGUGAUGUAAUGGAGCUCAGUGAUGGUCUUAGUGGAAGAGGAGAUAAUUUGGUUUUCUUUCUUUUCUCCGAUACUAUGGAGGUAUGUAAGAAGCGAUCAAAGACAUUUAAUUCUCUGAAGAGUCCAAACACAAGCAGUUUGCAUUCAGCAAAAAUGAGUUCAGUGAAACCUUUCAAACAUGUGAGAUUGAUGCCCCUAACACACAUAAAAAGGGUGAUUGAUAUUCGUGAGACUGAUGAAUGCCACAAUGUGUUUGCAUUGAUGUGUCGUAGUAAUCAGGAGUUAAAGGACAAGUUAUACUCAUUCACUAUUGCUGACGAAGAAACGGAGAAGCUGGGCUUCCUACGUACUCUUUGUCGACAAAUGGCUAAUACAGUGUGUAAAACUGAUGCUGAAAAUUUCUUGAUGUCAUUGGACUCUCAUCAGCUGGACAUAGAUACAAGUGAUGUUGCACUUGGCACUCUCAGCAAGGCCUUCAAGUUUGCAUCAAGGACACGAAUGAAGGUGGGAAGGGCAUUUAGCUUUAACAAGACGCCAAGCAAGCUGAAGCGGGCUGUAUCUACCAUGAUGAGUCCAUUUGGCAGCACAACCAACUUGACACCAGCAUCUCAACUUGCACAGAUGAGGCUUGCCAGCUGUAAUAAUCUCAAUGAGCUGGGUUCAUCACCCUCGAAAGAGGAAACGACCCUUGUUGCACCGCUAUCUGUUCAGCCAACAAGAAAAAAUAAAUCAUCGUCAUUAAAUAUGUCUUCAUUAAGGAGAUUAUAACAGAAACUACGGGGGAGCAUAGGAAGGCGCAAUAAACUCUCGCAGCGUGGACGCUGCUCUUGGGUUGAGAACCAAGUUGCAGAUGGUGAUGGGGAUGUGCAGUUAUAGUGCAGCACAAUAAAAAUUCCUGAAGGUUCACUCGUACGUGCUGGAGUGAAAACAUAAUAGAAGCCUUGUAGUUUUACAAGUUCUUGUCUCUGUACCUGCAUUGCAACUGUCCUAUGCUCUUCCGUGUAUUCUUUUUAUGUUUGUGAUUCGUAUUUGAAAUAUUUAUAAGUCACUUUAUACCUGAAAGUCUAAAUAAGACAAAUACUGAAGCUGCACUGCACACAGUGCUGAGUUGAGUAAAUUUGAAUUUCAGAAGAAACUCAUUUAUACAGUACAAGUGAUUCAAGUAAAACACUUUACGCUUAGUAAACACCAGAUAUUUCUGCAAUGAAUGGCAUAAUAAUUUAUUAAUAAUGCUGCGUAUCCGAUGUCCACUAAUUUUAAAAAUUGAUUUGCUAAUUGUAUUAUACAUUGUUCACUAUCAGUUUAUAUUUAAUACCAGAGACAACGAAAUUUUACCUUUCAAUGGUUCGUACGUAACAGAAAUUAGGUGUACGUUGAGUUGAUCAAAUUUCUCGUUUUUAAUGUAGUCAUAAAUUUUUAUGAUAUUUAUUGCUAAACAAUCAAAAGAGAAUGGAAUUUCGAGUGUUCCUCAUGCUACUUCUCAUUUUUCGUAUUUCUUCAUUAUAUCAGUUCAUAUGUAGUGCUAAUGCUUCACUAAUAUCUGUGACCAUUAGUUCCACCCCGUACUGGAACAGCAGACUGAGAUGUCAGGAUAGCUUCGGUAUCUGUUAAUAGUUGACUGUUGUGCGUUGCUGUUUUCAGUACAAUGUCUGUGGAUGUCUUUGUACUUUCGAAUGUACAUGUUGUGAGACACAGAAGUCGAAUGUUUAUAUUUAAUGCAUUUUUGCAUUUCUGUGCCAGUAAUAUUUUGAAAUAUUUAGCAAGAAAUAGCAUAGAUGUUUGAUACAAAUGUGCUCUUAAUGUAUAGAUAUGUAAAAAAAUGUAUAAAUUUUUUUGAUGUUAUAGAUUUUAUAUGUUAAACAAGUCUGUAAUUUGUGCUUUUUCUUCCUCUAUUAGGCGGCAUUUUUGAAAGCCUAAAGUGCUUACUGUACAUGGCACUUGUAAAUAUGUUCUGCCAAGCAUUUUCACAGGCUGGUACUGUCUUGAUGAUCUGUUUGAAACUAAUCUCUGUAACGAUCUUAUGUGAUCUUAAAUACUGGUGUAAGUCUUCAUAGUCUGUCCUGCAGCAUGUAAUAUACACUCUGUUUUGGUUGUGAUAGUUACACUGGACCAUCGUGCCAUGUACAUGGAAGGACCCCCCCCCCCCCCCCAAACAUGUUUAUAUUGGUACAAAAAACUGUAUACCAGUGAAGUGACAUUAA